CCUCACUCAAACCCAUCAAAGUUAACCAAACACUUUUGAGAAAAAUGCCCAAGAAACUCCAAAAGCGUCUCCAAGAUUACCUCACCAAGAUUAAGAAACCACCCCCUUCAAUCCAAUUCCCCUCUAAAAAAUGGAUGCGAGCCUGUAAACACCCCAAAACCCUAUCUUUCGCUAUCAACAACGAUGAGACUCAUGACAAAGAUGAUGAUGCGGCAACACUCUCAGAUAUUGAUGAGUUUCUCUUCGAGAAUUUCAGGUCUCUGUACCCAAGAGACGAUCAAGGAGACUCCAUCAACGACGACGAAAGAAGAGAAGAGAAAGAUCUACAUCGUCGUCCUCGUGAUGCCCUUCGGCAUAAAACCCUACAAAUGGAAGAAGGCCGUCCUGGUGAUCAUGAAAAUGAAAGCACAAACGAGCCCUUUUGGGAUAAAACUCUACACCUGAAGAAGCGUCGUCCUGAUCAUCAAGAAACCCAAAACCAAGAUGGGUUUCUGUUCGAAUCCCCUCGACUGAAUAUUGAUCCACUGGCAGCGGAUCUCUGUGGCUCACACAGGUUUUCAGUGUCCCCAGGUCGGCUGUCAAGCUCUGUUCGGACUAGUACAACCACCACGACAUCUGAGGACGCAGGAUCCAGGUCAAUGUCAACACGAACCCUAAACGACUCUGCUAUCACAUCACAUUCUAAUAACAACGAUCAUGUGGCACUUCCCAGUGACUGUAUCUCAGUGUUGAUGUACUCUCCCAACCCUGGCGACGAGUUUGGAAGAUCCAUGCAUGACAUGGUUGAGGCUCGCCUCAGAAACAAGGCAAAGGUCGAUUGGAAUUUCAUGGAAGAGCUUCUGCUUUGUUAUCUCAAUCUCAACGAGAAGAAGUCCCACAGGUUCAUACUGAGUGCUUUCGCGGAUUUGGUCGUGGACAUGCGUCCGGAUUCUGAUAGCGUCCCAGAGAGAUCACGGAAAUUUUGAAAUUCCAGGUGAAUGACCUUGGAUUUCAGCGAAGAACAUGAAGAUUAGUGCUACGGAGAAUGGUAGGCUUAAUUUAUUAAUUAGAUUGCUUCUGGGUUUAUUUUCGGUAGCCCUCACAUGAGUUAGGCACUAUCCCAUGCUUGUAAUAUUGUACUAUAUUCAUUAAGUACCUUUCAAGAAAAUCAAACACUUUUUCUAUCAUUGAAGUUUUGUAA